AUGGGUAUUCUUCGGAUAUACCUGCUCCUACGAAUAGGAUUUGCUUUCGGCUCCAAUUAUGGAUAUGUGGAGUGGUCAGAUAAUGACAAAGAUUCGGAGACCAGGACAAGGUAUCCAGUGUACAGCACUCCGAACAAUCGUGACCCGCAAUACCACCCAACACUGUUUAACAAGCCCGUCACCGAACGCACGGUGGUCGCUCACAAAAUUGAGGAGGACCUGCCCAGGGUGGUGACCGCUUUCCUUCACACGGGAGACUCUGGAACGCUGGAACAUGUAAACUGCUCACGGCGGUAUGAGCUGAGUAGUCUACGCGGUGGCUCUCAAGUCGCCUCGCACUACUCCCUUCACAGUGUUUUGGAUACUAUGGCGCAUGCCACCAACUUCCUAAACAUGCUUCUACAAACAAACCGGUCGAGGGAGCAGUCGAUAAGGCGCGACAUCCAGUGGUACCAUGCACUGGUCAGGAGCAUGCUGGAGGGGGACUCCAAAAUCCACCGGGCAGUGGUCACUUUCCACGCAGACUCACCCACACCUGGCCCUCAAGUCUUUCUCCAAGCAACUAGAAAAGAUAAGGACAUAGUGCUCCAGGACCUUUCAUCAUCGGCCGCUCAUCGUUUAAGAAACAGGGCGCCGGAUUCAGAGUGGUACCAUGAUUUUAGGGACCGGAAAAAGCCACACGUUUUCCGUGUGGGUUCGAGCAGGGAUGGCAGAACCGCUCAGGAUGGUUAUGUUCUUGACAAAGAUCAGAUCAAGUGGUCAGCUCCGUAUCUGGAAUGCGAGAACGGAAACUUUGUUCCUUUCUGGCUCCUCACCUUAUCUGCUGGUUUCUACGGCUUGAAGGCCAACUCCGCGCCAGAGUUCAGAGGAGUUGUACGGGUGGAUGUGAACCUGCAGGAUGUGGACAUUGAUCAGUGCUCCAGCAGUGGCUGGUUUGCAGGCACCCAUCGCUGUAACCUCACAAGCAUGGAGUGCAAGCCAAUCAUGGGCCAUGGGUUUGUCCUGGAUAAGUACAAGUGCCAGUGCAAGAGAGGGUUCUACCAUCCCAGUCGAGUGGCGCUCAAUGGCUUUUCAAGUAAAGAGCGGGGCUCUCAUCGAGAUGAGUCUGAGGUGUCGGGGAAGUGUCUGCCCUGUCAGGAGGGCUGCCCCUUCUGCCGGGAUGACAGCCCCUGCCUGGCCCAGGAGGACGGCUCCCUACGACUGGCCAUCGCAUCCUUCCAGGGCCUUUGCAUGCUGCUGGACUUCAUCGGCAUGGUGGUGGUCUACCACUUCCGCCGGAACAAGAGAAUCAGAGCCUCUGGUUUGAUUCUACUGGAGGCCAUUUUAUGUGGAGCUUUGCUUCUGUACUUUCCCGUGAUGAUAAUGUACUUUCACCCAAGCGUGUUCCGCUGCGUUCUGCUGAGGUGGGUCCGGCUCCUGGGCUUCGCCACCGUCUACGGAACCGUGACUUUGAAGUUGUACAGGGUGCUCAAGGUGUUCCUGUCGCGCACGGCCCAGCGGAUCCCCUACAUGACCAGCUGCAGGGUGCUGCGGCUGCUGGGGGUCAUCCUGCUGGUGGUCUGCUGGUUCCUGGUGGCCUGGACCUCCGCCGUGAGCCAGCACCCGGACUGGCAGCGCGCCCUCAUCGACGUGGGCGUCUCUCCCGAGGGCCUGCAGUUCAGCAUGUGCCUGCUGGAUCGCUGGGACUACAUGAUGGCUGUCGCCGAGUUCCUGUUCCUGCUGUGGGGUGUGUACCUGUGCUACGCCGUGCGCACCGUCCCGUCGGCCUUCCACGAGCCGCGCUACAUGGCCGUGGCCGUCUACAACGAGCUCCUCAUCUCGGCAAUAUUCCACAUCAUUAGGUUCUCCCUAGCCUCCGGUCUCCACCCCGACUGGAUGCUGACCUUGUUCUUUGUCCACACACACCUGACCGUCACCGUGACGCUGGGCCUGAUGUUUGUCCCAAAGUUCUUCUCCUCAGGGACGCACACCAGAGAUGACAUUGCCACCGAGGCCUACGAGGAUGAGCUGGAUAUGGGGCGCUCCGGCUCCUACUUAAACAGUAGCAUCACCUCGGCGUGGAGCGAGCACAGUUUGGACCCGGAGGACAUACGGGAGGAGUUGAAGAAGCUGUACACCCAGCUGGAGAUCUACAAACGGAAGAAGAUGCUGGCCAACAACCCGCACCUGCAGAAGAAGCGCAGCUCCAAGAAGGGUCUCGGGCGCUCCCUCAUGCGCCGCAUCACCGAGAUCCCAGAGUCCAUGAGCCGGCAGUGCAGCCGCGAGGACCGGGACGGCAGCGAGCACGGGAGCAACCGGAGCACGCUGCGGAGGAACCACCUGGACGGCCGGUCCCGGGAGGACUCGCUGAAGAGCAAGAUGUUCCCCGUCAAGAGGUCGCACAGUUACGACCACGUCUGCGACCAGAACGGAGAGCCCGGCGCGAGCACGACGACGACGCCCGAGAGGAUGGAGGGGUCCACCACCGAGGGGUCCCUGCUGGACACGCUGAUGGGCAGGAAGGCGAAGAAGGCCGCCGAGCCGCCGAAGGUCGAGCCGGCCGAAUCGGCCGAGUCCGUGCCGCUGGUGUGCAAGUCGGUCAGCGCCCACAACCUGACGGCCGACAAGAAGCCCAUUCACCUCAGGACGAGCAUCAUGCAGAAAUCCUUGAGCGUCAUCGCCAGCGCCAGGGAGCGGACCCUGGGGCUCACGGGGAAGACCCACAGCGUGGAGGACGCCAGCAAGAAGGGUCCGAAAGCCCGGGACGGCAGGCUGGACGAGGUGGACGAGGCUCCCGAGUGCUACCCGAAGAUGAUCAUCAGCCAGUCGGUGGAGUACAGCAAGACACCCAGCAAGAUGGGCAUCAUGAAGCAGCAGGUGAGCGGCAGCCAGCCGUCCAUCUGCUCGGAGCCCGGCAGGAGCAAGGAGCUGUACGACCUGUCCGAGGUCUGCCCCUGGGAGGUGGAGGAACUGCCCACCCCGUCCGAGGGGAAGGCCCAGAAGCACGUGUCCAUCGCCCCGUGCGAGGCCAACGCCGUCCACGGGGGGGGCGGCUCCAAGAGCGGCCGGUCCCAGCAGAGGCAGAAAGGCGCAGGGCAGUCGCCCUCCAACAGGCGCCGCUCCAGAGACAGAGGAGGGGAUCGCGACGAGAUGCCCCGGAAACCGCGAUCGCCCCUCAACCUCACCCCGAAUCACAGGGCCUCUCCGUGGGACACGGACGAGCCCAGGGAGGGCGCCGGACUGUGUCCGGACAGGAGCGGUCGGAAGAAGAGCGUGACGCCCACCGACGGCAAGCCCAAGGUCCUGCACUCGGACCACUCCAAGUCCACGGGCAGCCUGCUGCAGCCGCCCACCCUGAUGGUGGAGAUCUGCCCGUGGGAUUACGACGCUCCGCCGUCCCCCAAGCAGGACAGAGCGGCGAGCCCCACCUACCACGCCAAGACCAAGGACUCGCACUCCAAAAGGAAAGGCUCCUGCUCGUCCAAGGGCAAGGACAAGGACGACGAGCGACGGCAGUCCAAGGGCAGGGAGAGGAGGAGCUCGACCAGCAAAGGCUCCGAGAGGCGGCGGGUCAGCCAGUCGUCCGACAGCGGCCAGGUUGCCAUGACGUCUAGCGGCCGGCGACGGAGCUCCACGCGGGAAGCGGGGCUGACGGAGAAGAGAGCCGAGGCGUGUCCGUGGGAGGCGGAGACUGUGCCUGACGGUUCUGCCAGGGAUGGCACCAGUGCCAGUGGCAGCACCUCCACAGCACAGGACAAACCUUCACAUCCCAAACCAGCAGGGCCACUCAAGAGUGUCAACUUGGAAGACGUCUGUCCAUGGGACUUUUAGGACAACAGCGGCAGGCAAACAAGCGCAUGAUACUUGAUUGUACACUUCGGAGCUGUUUUCUCCUCCCAGCUCACCCAACCUGAACUUUGGAUGUAAUGAA